AUGACAACUACUUCAAAUCAUCCUCAAGUUAUUUUCAUUGGUAUUGCUGGUCCAUCGGGUUGUGGAAAAACAACUUAUGCUAAACAUUUAGUCGAUCAUCUUCAUUCACCAUUACAUCUUAUUGAAUUAGAUCAUUUUUAUUUUCGUCCAGUUACAAUUGAUCAUCCUAUUCUAGGGCGUAUUAAAAGUGAUGAAGAACCUGAUACUUUACACAUUCAAUCUUUAUUAACUUUGAUACGACAGAUUAAAUAUGAACCAGAAAAACUAACUCGAUAUCAUCAAAAUGAUAUUUCUAUUAAUAAUAAUAAAUAUAUAUUUGUUAUAAUCGAAGGUUUUCUUCUAUUUGCUUUAUCUGAUGAAUUAACAAAUAUGUUCGAUAUACGAAUAUUUUUUGAAUCAACACAAUCUGAAUGUCGCAUGAAACGUUAUCGUCGUCAUUCAAGAAUACAUGAUACAAUACCUGAUGAACGAAUAAUUAUUCCAAAUGAAUUUCAACAAUGGUUUGAUCAUUUAGUUUGGACUGAAUAUUUAAAAAGACGAGAUUUACAAAUAUCAAAAGCUGAAAAAAUAUUUCAUUUCGAAGAAUAUCAAGAUAAACAAUACAUACAACUUAAUAAUUAUAUUGAUAAACGUUUGAAAGACAUUAUAGAUAAAAGAAAAACUUAA